UGUUUUCACUUUUUUACCAAUUAACUUCAUUCUAAUUUAAUUUUCUUAUACUUUUUACAAAUUCUAGUAUACUUGAAUAGUGUGUGGGUGACAGGGGUGUCCCCCUUAUUAUUUACUAGAAAUACUACCAUGAACUACAGUUUUUUUUAUUCAUUUCCACACGCCUGGCUUUCAGGUUUGAUGUUAGUUUCUCACUUUAGCUGUUGUGUUAAUGCAAAGUUAGUUUUUGAUUUCUGUUCUCUGAUCCUGUUUCCUCUCACCACAGAAUGAGUACACGAUGGUCACGACUGAGACUGAGAAGAAAACCACUGAUUUCCUCUCUGCUGUCACUGCUGACUCUGUGCGGCCUGCUGUUAGUCAGUAUGAAGUACAGCUACCUCCCCGUUUCUUCACCUCCGCCGGCAGCUUUAGAUGACAUUCAGACGUUUCACAAAUACAACAUUAACUGUAUGGCCGUAUAUGACAUGGACCCGGUGGAGGUGGCCAAGUCGCUGAUUAUCAGACGGAAACAAGUCGAAGAGGUCAAGGAUGAAAGUCUGGCCAACCUCACCUCAAACUGCUCCUUAUUCAUUGAGUCCAGAGGUUACAAUGACGUGUGCGUCUCCGAGGAUGAGAAAGCCUUUCCCCUGGCUUACUCACUGGUGGUGCAUAAAUCUGCGUGGAUGGUGGAGCGGCUCAUCAGAGCGCUGUACUUGCCCAGUAACAUCUACUGCAUCCACUACGAUCAAAAGUCUUCAGCUCAGUUCAUCUCAGCCAUGGAGGGGUUGGCUCGCUGUUUGCCCAACGUCUUCAUCGCUUCCAAGCGGGAGUCUGUCUUCUACGCGAGCAUCAGUCGCCUGAAAGCGGAUCUCAACUGUCUGUCCGACCUUUUGGCGUCAGAGAUCCAAUGGAAGUACGUCAUCAACCUGUGUGGCCAAGAUUUCCCCCUCAGGUCCAACAUCGAGCUGGUGUCCAAGCUGAAGGAGUUAAACGGAGCCAACAUGCUGGAGACGAGUCGACCCAGCCAGCAAAAAAAGCAGAGGUUUACUUUUCACCACGAGCUGAAGGUCGCCAGCUUUGAGUAUCAAAAACUUCCAAUGAAAACGGAGAAGUUAAAGACUCCGCCGCCACACGGCAUCGAGGUGUUCAUCGGUAACGCCUACUUUGUCUUGUCCCGGGACUUUGUGGUGCACAUGGACUCCUCGGCUGUGGUGAAGGAUUUUCUGGCGUGGUCCGAGGACACCUACUCCCCAGACGAACACUUCUGGGCCACACUUGUGCGUCUGCCGGGCGUACCCGGAGAGGUGCCGCGAUCGAAGCCGGAUAUCACCGACCUGAUGAGUAAAACCAGGCUGGUGAAGUGGCAAUACCUGGAGGAAAAACUGUACCCACCCUGCUCUGGGCAACACGUCCGCAGCGUUUGUAUUUACGGCGCAGCUGAAAUGCGCUGGUUGCUCAACUACGGUCACUGGUUCGCCAAUAAGUUUGAUCCCAAAGUAGACCCCGUUCUCAUUCAGUGCCUCGAGGAGAAGCUGCAGGAAAGACAAAAGCUGUUUCAAUCAGCGGCAACUCACAACUGUCAUAAGGGUUAAAUGAAAAGUAAAUUAUGCGGUUUACAUGCUAGAGCCCAAACAAUACAGGAUUUUUGAGAGCAAUACUGAUUUUAAAGUGGAAAAAUUCACUGAUUACCAAUAUGGACACCGAUAUAGUAAAUUUUUGAGCUGGACUUAAAAAAGAUAAUUUCUAUGUGGACUGUACUCUGAUUUUGCACUAAUACGACUAUGCAAAAGUACGACUAAAAAACUUUUAUUAAACAACUUACUUUUUUAAUAUUACAGAAAUAUAAAAAAUAAAAUAACAUUGGUUCUGUAUGUGUUCAGCAUCAGUCUUCACUGACCAUUCAAAUAAAGAAUAUAAAAAUUACAUUCACAUCAGUACUGUAUAGUCUCUGCUGCCCAUUUAAAUAUAGAAUAAAUACAAUAAAAUUAAUAAACAUCAGUGCUGUUCAGCAUCAGUCAAUUGUUGACCAUUUCUAAACCCCCCAAGCAUCAUUUUCUGCAUUAUAUGGUCUGUAAAAAAAAGUUUUCUUAUCGGCGCAUAUCGGAACGGAAAAAAUAUACGCCGAUGUCGAUAUGCUCUGAUAUUUCUGUGACAGGCUCAUAUUGGCCGUUAAUAUCGGUUGACUGAUAAAUCGGUCGGGCUCUAUUACAUGCACAAAAUAUUCCCUGCUGAAAAAAAAGCUAAAAACCAGCCUGUGUUUGUAGCUGUUUUUUUGUUGAUUCUCGCUCCCUGAGAUGGUCUUGGAUGGUCUUGACCAGACCCCCCCCCAAACCCCAAGUACACAGUUAUUGAUCCGGGUUUAAAUACGUGUGAGGGGCGUCUGAACGCAGCACAAGAAAACUGUUGUUGAUCCAAGCUCAAAGGGUUAAUCAAUAAUGAGAAUAAUUGUAAGUAAAAGUGGCAUUAUGGAGAAGGUUUCUUUCUUACUGACAUUCAGUCUUUCUACAGUUUCAGAGGCUAUAAUCAGUUUUAAAGCACUUUAAAAGACAACAUGAGUGUGGCGCCGGCAUUAUACAUGUAUGUCACCUUAAAGGGCCAGUUCACCCAAAUCACCACUAAACUCAUGCCCAAUUCUUAUUUAUUGCCUAUAUCUGAUUUUUUUUUAUAUCUAUUCGCCUGAUUACAUCUAUUCUUAAAUAUGACUAAAAUCCAAUAUCUGCAUUUUCACCUGCAAACUUUGCAUUAACUGAAAUGUCCUCAUAAAUGUGUUUCUUUCGCUACAAACCCUGUAUUUUAUCCUGAAGAGUUUCUUUGUCCAAAAAGGCUUAAAAGACAGCUAAACUCUGCAUUUGACCACUGAGUCUUCGUCCUCUAUUGUUGUAUUUUCUGCUUUGCGAGCACAUGUAAUUAUGAUAUUAAAAUGUGCCAUUGUCGCAUUUUUUAAUAACAGACGACUGACGGUGACAGGGAAUACCAACCUGUCUGCUUAGACUACAGACUCAUUUACAGAUAUCCGAAUCAUAUCUGAUUUAUUUCCACUGAUUUAUCUAUGAAUGAGGCCUGAAACCGAAGUGAGACUAUCCGAUUUAAUGUGCUUUUUUUGCUGCUGACACAUUCAUGAUACAUAUCCGAUCUGUGCUGGAAUCACGUCAUGUAAAUCCAACCGUAAAGUAAAUAAAUACAUAAAAUAUA